AUCGCCCAUCACGAACACGAGGAACAAAAGCCUCCUUGAGGCUCUCGGUCGAUCCCAAAGCUUGGUUUCCCUUCAAAGCAUGGAAUUUGACAUCUGCUAAUCCGCUUUUCAUGCAGCGCUCUUCUGACUAUGAGCGCUGCGAGGGUUUUCUUCAAUUCGAGCUACCUGCAGUACACUGCUCUCGCUGCAGUCGCCUGCGGCGGUGUUCACAGCUCAACGCGCAGGACCAAUCCCAUUAAGCUCGACAGCCCUUCCGGCGUACAUGCUCCUCAAGAUGCCUCCCUUAUAGCCUAUGCCCGGCGCGUGCAAAGCCACUAUGCGCAGACUGAAGACUCCAAGCACACCACAAAACGAGGCGACGCGACCAUCAUCGACCGGACAAACGAUCCGGACCAGUAUGCGCCAGCCUUUGAAAGCGACGACGAGAAUGCUUGGGCGUCUUUUUCGAGAAACUUCCACAAUGUGAGAGAAGGCAUUGCAAGAAUAGACUGGGGCACCGUUGGCGACAAGAUUACAGACUGGGUUGUGCCAAAUUGGGCCAAGGUCCUUCCUGAUGGGUUUCAAAAGCUUCAGUUCGAACUAUCCAUGCAGCCAGGGACGCUGGCAGAUCAGAUCUGGCAGGAGGCACAUGACCCUUGCAUCAAUCCAGAAAUCGAGUGGAAUGCUACCGUUCGCGUUGGCGACACCCUUGGCAAUGACGAGUUGGAGUUCCGACGCAAGAGGAAGCAAUACGUCGUCAAGGCGUUGGCAAAAUAUCUCGGACUCGAUGAGAAGGACAUCCACCCUGAUGACGUGCCUACUAUUGCGAUCUGUGGGAGUGGCGGGGGCCUACGGGCAAUGGUCGCUGGUACAAGCAGCUACUUGUCUGCUCAAGAGGCGGGUCUCUUUGAUUGUGUCACAUAUACCGCCGGAGUCAGCGGCAGCUGCUGGCUGCAGACCUUAUUCUAUUCCUCCUUGGGCAAGCAGGAUCACAGGCAGCUCCUCAAGCACAUCAAGUCGCGGAUUGGGACCCAUAUCGCAUUUCCUCCGACAGCAUUGAAGCUGGUGACGAGUGCUCCGACCAACAAAUUCAUCCUCAGCGGCUUUGUCGAGAAGCUGAAAGGUGAUCCUGGUGCUUCUUUUGGCCUCGUGGAUGUCUACAGCCUUCUGCUCGCUGCAAGGCUUCUGGUUCCACACGGCGAUCUUGAUGUCAACGAUCAAGACCUCAAAUUGUCAAAUCAACGGAUAUACAUUGAAAAUGGCCAAUUCCCGAUGCCCAUAUAUACUGCCGUCCGCCACGAAAUACCUGUAGAUGUUGAGGAGGAGAAGAAAUCCCGAGACAAUCUGGCUCUCAAGCAGAAGAUCAAGGAGAAAGCCAGGAGGGAGGCAUGGUUUCAGUGGAUAGAGAUGCAUCCCUGGGAAGUGUGGUGCGAAGAGUUUGGUGCUGGCAUACCAACUUGGAGCUUGGGUCGGCCUUUCAGAAACGGCCGAAACAUGUUGCUUGACACAGGUAUUACCCUGCCAGAAAUCCGUCAAAGUCUUCUCCUUGGAAUUUGGGGGUCGGCUUUUUGCGCAACUCUGGCGCAUUACUACAAAGAGAUCAAGCCGGCUUUGAUCGGCAUGGUGGGAUUUGAGGGGGUGAACCUACUAGUCGAAGAGAAGAACGAAGACUUGAUCAAGAUCCAUCCCAUCGACCCGGCCACUAUUCCGAACUUCGUGUACGGCAUGGAAGGUCAACUCCCCUCGACAUGUCCAGAUUCUGUCUUCAAACACGACCACCUCCAGCUAAUGGAUGCUGGAAUGAGCAAUAAUCUCCCAAUCUACCCACUCUUGCGACCUGGCCGGGAUGUUGACGUCUUAAUUGCGUUCGAUGCUUCCGCGGACAUCCAGAAAGAGAAUUGGCUUUCCGUGGUCGAUGGGUAUGCCAAACAGCGCGGCAUCAAGGGUUGGCCCGUCGGUGCAGGAUGGCCGAGGAAAUCAUCAAAACCGCAAGAGAAUGCCAAAGCGCUAGAAGAAGCACAAGCAACCACUCCGCAAGAAGCGGCCACAAAACUCGCUGAAGCGAGGGAGGAGGAUCGCGAGAAUAAAGAUGCAGGAGAGGACAAGACUGGUGAGAGUCCGACAACUGGCUCAGAUCCAGACGCGGCGAGCACACUUGGCCCAUGUACCGUCUGGGUCGGUAGUAAAGCCGAAAGAUCCACCGAUGAAGAGCCACCUCCCUCGAAAAGUCUCAAUUGGGACACUAGCGACAAUCAAGACUCCGCCCCGUUCCAUUUGAUGGACCCAGAUGCCGGUAUCGCCGUGAUAUACUUCCCUCUCCUUCCGCAUCCCGAUGUCCCGAACAUCGACCCUGACAAAUCGGACUUUAUGAGCACCUGGAAUUUCAUCUAUACGCCCGACCAGGUUGACAGCGUGGUCGAGCUCGCGAGGCGCAAUUUUGCCGAGGGCGAGGAGAAGGUGAAGAACACUGUCCGGGCGGUGUAUGAGAGGAAGAAAAAGUCGAGGAUCGAGAGAGAGGACAAGAAGACCACCAAGGAAUGGAAAGGCCGAAUGAAGAGGGUCGGCAAUAGUUUUGUAUGAUGCGAGAGAGAAAUUCGACAGAGCUUGAUGGUAUCAUUGACGCUCAUGGUGCCUGAUUGUGUGCUCUAUUCUCUUUUUGAAGCGUUGCAUCAGGCUUUGGAGCGACUACUACUCUUAUUCGCCGGCGCUUUCCAAAUCGACAAGCUUCGGACUUGUAUAAUCUAUUCGCUAAAGAAAGAGUUGGAGUCAGGCUUGUUUGUGUUUUUUAAUGACGGGGAUGGCACGGGCAGUGAAAGCAUCACACUAGAGGCGGCCUCUGGGAGUAUCAGUGAACACACCAUUUCCAUACAAGUAGAUAAUGAUCCACAGUCCACACAAUCCAUGAAAUGGUCAAGAGAA